ACGUCACUUCCGCUUGUUUCGGGAGGCUCGAUGAACGAGAACGCUUCCGUGCGAUUCAACGGGUUGUUUACUGUGGAUCGGCCCGUUAAAGUUGUAAAAACAACGAUUCCACGUUUCCCGUUAGAUUUUCAGCUGUUGUGGAAACGAAAAUAGAUAUGCGACGAUCCUUUUUUUAUUAUGAUUGAGCUUAAAACGAAGUGAUUAAGUCGAGGUUUGUUUCACACUGCCUUGGGACAUACACCACGAGUGAAAACAAGCAGGACCAUAUGAAACUUCCGCUAGAAAAUGGCUUCGCCCGGUGUAGUUUCCGCGGAUGGGCCGAGCUCCACCAGUGUCUUUAUUUUGGAGGUUAUUACAGCAGAGAGGUACGCCUGGAACCCGAAAGAUGGCUUCCUUGGAGGGUCUGAGCAUCUCGGCUUCAUCCCAGACCAACAAAAGGACCAUGGGGCACAGAGGAAUUGACCCAACUGGAGAGACCACUUAUAAAAAAACCACAUCAUCAGCUUUGAAAGGCGCCAUUCAGCUGGGCAUCACGCACACUGUGGGAAGCUUGAGCCAGAAGCCAGAGAGAGAUGUGCUCAUGCAAGACUUUGAAGUGGUGGAGAGCAUUUUCUUUCCCAGUCAAGGCAGUAGUUCAACUCCAGGCCAUCAUCACGGUGACUUCAGAUUUAAAACGUAUGCUCCCAUUGCCUUUCGCUACUUCAGAGAGAUGUUUGGCAUCCGACCCGAUGACUAUCUGUACUCUCUGUGCAAUGAACCUCUCAUUGAGUUGUCUAACCCUGGAGCCAGUGGUUCUCUCUUCUACGUUUCCAGCGAUGAUGAAUUUAUCAUAAAGACAGUUCAGCACAAGGAGGCAGAGUUUUUACAGACGCUCUUGCCGGGAUACUUCAUGAACCUAAACCAGAACAUGCGAACGCUGCUUCCCAAGUUCUACGGGCACUACUGCGUUCAAGCCGAAGGGAAGAACAUUCGAAUUGUAGUGAUGAACAACCUGCUUCCCUGUGCCGUGCCUAUGCACCUUAAAUACGACCUGAAGGGCUCCACGUAUAAGCGUCGAGCAUCCCCUAAAGAGAGGGCUAAGGGUGUGCCGACGUACAAGGACCUGGACUUCAUGCAGGACCUGCCUGAGGGGUUGCGGCUGGAGAAUGACCACUACAAUGCCCUCUGCAGGACCAUCCAGAGAGACUGUCGGGUACUUCAGAGCUUUAAAAUCAUGGACUACAGUUUGCUCGUGGGUAUCCACAACUUGGACCGGGCACGUCAAGAGGCGUCUACAGCUGUGCCUGAUAACCAGAAAAAGGCACAGGGCCAGAAACCCUUGUACUGCACAGCCAUCGAGUCUAUUCAAGGAGAGGCCAAAGGCAAGACGCCACCACAGCCCUAUGAAAGUAUGGGAGGAAUUCCAGCUUACAGUUCAAAAGGAGAAAGAUUGCUGGUUUUCAUUGGCAUCAUUGAUAUCCUGCAGUCUUAUAGGUUAAAGACUACAUGUGCAAUCCUUCUCUUUGUUCUUGAAAGUUUUUAUAUUUUGCUAAUGACUCUGAAUGCUUACAGGCUUGUGAAGAAAUUGGAGCACUCGUGGAAAGCCCUGCUGCACGAUGGGGACACUGUGUCUGUGCAUCGGCCGAGUUUCUAUGCCGAUCGAUUUCAAAAGUUUAUGUGCACCACAGUCUUCAGAAAACCUCAAUUAAAAACGUCUCCCUCAAAGAAGAGUCGAGGUGGAGCUGUGUCUGGUGGGAAAAAAGCAAACACUGCAGUAUCUUUACAAUCGCAACAACAAUCCCUUCCUGUCGGAGCAGCACAAACAAACCUUGAACAAACACAGCCGGCGGCCCAUGUGCUCCAGCCACAGCAGAAUACAUCACAAUCAUCCGGCUCCAGCAGCAGAGCUGUGUCCCUCAGCUCGGAGACACAAGGAGACGACGGUAUGCAGACAGCUCGUCCUGACCUUCUACUGCAUCAAAGUACUGAAGAUGAUAUCACCAGUAGUUCAGCCGACACAACCCUUUUGGCAACAUCUCCUGAAGGCUCCAGGCCCUCCACAGACACUCCAGCUCUGAGUUGUAGCAGUACAGCUGCUCAGUCUUCUGUGGAAAGUCUAAAUGUGGAAUUUGUUUAACUUUGUGGGAUUGUUCUUCCAACCAGCACAUCAGACCCUUUGUGUCCCUUUAAGAAAAAGAAGAGUUGUCCCAGUAAACAUCUCUAAUGUGAAGGUCUGUGCUCUAUAGCAGAUAAUGUUGCAGUGAAAGACUGUGGUUGACAAGGACAAAACAAAGCCCUCAAGGACAAAGACUUGCUCUCUUUCAAGGACGCCUGAAGAAGAAAAACAUGACUGUAAGGUGCCUUAAACAGCAGAGAAUGUGGGAAAAAAUAACAAAAGAACUGCAUUUGGUCAUGCAAUUGUAAAGAUAUAUUUCCCUCUUUUUAAACUGUUUUCUGGAUGUAGGCUGUACAGCUUCCAAUAUUGCUGCUAAGAAAUGGAUCCAAAAAUGCCGCUGUUGUGGCAAUAUAGUAUAAUAUCACUGUUUGUACAGCUGUCAGACAGAGACAGAAGAAACAGUUUUGUAUUUAUAACUUGAUAAUGUUCACAGCAAAUAAGCGAUGAGAACUUUGCAUCUGACUCUUGGAGAACAAACUGGUCUUUCAAAGUUCACUUUCAAUGUUCCCUCAGUGAGAGUUAAACAUUUUAUAAUGGAUUUAUUUUGCAGAUAAGUGCAGUUUUCCCCCUUAUUUUGCCAAGGAGACCAAUGUGAAACACAUGUUUUUGAGUCGCACUAUUUACUUAGUUAAGCGGGAAAAAAGCAUUGCCUGUUUUACAGACUUUAAAAAAUAUGAUUGUCUGCCAGAAAACAAUCCAUAUCAGGUUGCCUGAACAAUCAUGUUACAAUUUUUUUUAACUUAAAAUCUGUGAAAAUAGUUAAUUUGAGAAAUUUUGUUGAAUGGCUUACUGUAAUAUUGUAGGACAUUUGUGCCUUAACUGCAUAAGCAAUUUUUUUACAUUUUACCUGACAUCAUGCCUGCACAUGGAUUGUACAGACUUGCAUGACCUUCUAAGUACAAAAUCACAGUAUAUAGCAUCUUUAAAAUGUGAGUCUGCAGUAUGUAACUAGUAACUACUAUAAAUAGUUUUUACAGUGCCGUUCGAACCCAAUUGUAAAUUCUCCAGAUUUUUGUUGCUUAUAAAUUUUACAUGAUGUGCAAAGAAUGUAAAUGAAGUGACAGAUAAAAGUAUGGUGAAAAAAAGAUAAAGGUUGUAAAAAUAGUGGAAGUUUAGUACCACGUCUAAAAUACCAAAUUCAGUAUUUUGGGUUGUGGGACUGGUUGGUUUUGGAUAAUAUUUUUUAAAAUAUAAUUUAAAAAACAUGUAAGGCACAAUGAAACUUCAUACAUGGCAGACUACUGUAAAAUGUAAAACAUCCAGCAUCUAUACUGUGUAUCUUUUGAUGUGAUUAAGGAGUUUUAUGGACUAUGUAAGACAGGAACCUCUUUUGGCACGGUUUUGCGGAAUCAAACUAAAAACUGGACCAAAGUGCUAGUUUUAUAUCUUGUUAUACAGUUCCAGUUAGCCUACAUGUAAAGACUGCAAAAGAAGAUGGAAAAAUUUUAAAUAUGAAUAGAGUUUAAGGUACACUGCUGGAUUUUUUUCAUCGGUUGACUUUUUUUAAGUGAAAAGAAACAUUCCUGUACAAAUCAUAUUUAUUUUUAUGUUUGCAUGUAAUUUAUUUCUUUAUCUCAAGUUCCAAAUUGUCUAGUUGUUAUUUUAUGCAACAAGGUGUGUACACACCUGGUGGUUGUGUGAAUUUGGUUCUCAGCAAAUGUAGAUAGAAGGUUAGAAACUUAUACACUCGAGAUCUGGGAUUCUUGUGCAAUUGCUGUUUACUGCUGAACAUGCUGCCUUUUAUCCUUAUUGUCUUAUCAAACUGAGAAUUACGCUGUACCACACUCUUAAAAUGAAAUAUUCCUAAUUAUAUUUUUGUUCUCAACCAGAGGAUGUUGUAAAUGUGUUCAUGGCACCAUUAUUGAUAUUUUCUGCAAUAUUUCAUGUUAUAUGAAAAUAACUUAAAUAAAAAACGGAAAAGCU